UUUUGUGUCUUUUGCUGGAAUUAAUGAUGAAGCCAGUUGGACAGUGGGUUGCGUUUUUCUUUGCACUGUGGGCAACAUGGGAAACGGCUUUGUCUGUCACGCGAUAUUCCAUACCGGAGGAGAUGGAGCGCGGGUCAGUCGUUGCAAAUCUAGCCGCUGAUUUAGGGCUGGAUGUUAGUGGACUAGCACAGCGAGAGGUAAAACUUGAUAUUUUCCAUAACAACAAAUAUCUUGAUAUUAAUAAAAGAACUGGCGAUUUAUUUAUUGUUGAGAAGAUGGACAGGGAAUCUCUUUGUAAUACGAAAACUAUGACGUGCUUUUUAAAAUUAGACCUAAUAAUUGAAAGCCCAUUGCGUAUUUUCAAUAUUGAAUUGGGAAUCACAGACAUUAACGAUAAUGCUCCUCAUUUCCGGCGAGAUAAGAUUGAAUUGGAUGUCUCAGAGUCCGCAACACCGGGGGAAAGAUUUUCUUUGCCCAAUGCCUUUGACCCAGACGUUGGUGCCAAUACAGUCAAGACCUAUAAAUUAAGUGAAAGUGAACAUUUCACUGUUGAUAUACAUUCUGGUAGUGACGGUACAAAAUAUGUCGAUUUGGUUCUCAUGAAGGCUUUAGAUAGGGAGAAGAAGGCUGUUCAUAAUCUGAUACUCACUGCAAUCGAUGGCGGAGUCCCUGCGCGCUCGGGCACAGCUAGUAUUAUUGUGCGCGUCCAAGAUACAAAUGACAACGCCCCUCAGUUUGAUCAGGCAGUUUAUUCUCUGAAUAUUAGCGAAAAUUCUCCAGCCGGUACUGUUGUUAUUAAAUUAAACGCUACUGAUGCUGAUGAAGGCCCAAACGCUAACCUUACAUACUCAUUUACGCUUUACACUUCUGAGAAAACGCAGGAGAUGUUCUGGCUGAACUCAAAAACUGGCGAAAUUGCAGUUAAGGGCACCAUUGAUUAUGAAGAUCUGAAAAUAUUUGAGAUGUUUCUUGAGGCUAAAGACAAUGGCCCCGUUCCUCUCUCCGGUCAAUGCAGAGUGACUGUGUAUGUUAAGGAUAUGAACGAUAACUAUCCCGAGAUAACCAUAAAAUCUCUUAAGAAUACCGUGGAGGAAAACAUCCCAGUCGGCUCUGUUAUA